CGCGGCGGCGGCGGCGGCUCAGCCCGGCCCCGCUCGGCCCCGCCGCCGCCUCGCCCGCACCGCCCGGCCCCGCCGCCGCCCCGGCCCCACGGCAGCCCCCAUGCCCCGCCUCGGAGCCAAGGCGUGCCUGCUCCGCUGCACCGUGCUGUCGUCCCUCCUCCUCCUCCUGGUCUGCAGCAUCCAUGAGACGGAGCAGAACAGCUACUGCCAGCAGAUCAUCACCGAGAGGCACCUGGCCGAGCUGGAGGAGCUGGCUGACACCCAAAUGCAGCACCCGGGCAGGGUCUCCUUCAAGUUCAUCAAUAAGAUGCAGCUGAACAAUUCUGUCUGCUACGUGAAAGCUGCCUUUCCUCUGCUGGGCAAGAUCCUGGAGCGAACGGAGUUCAAGGAAAACUCCUCCAAUGCCAAGAAGAUGCAGAUGGUGCGCAGGAUGUACAGCCGCAUCGACGAGAAUGUUGACCCCUGCAUCAGGGAGGAGGAUGAUGAGGAGAGAAAGCUCUCGCAGAUGUGCUUCGAGGAGUUCACCACCUCCCCCUAUGAGAUGCUGGUGCUGGUGAAGCAGUUCUUCCAGGACAUUAACCAGCUGCUGCAGAACAAGGAGACCUUCGAGAAGGAUUGCAGCCAGGUCUACCGCAGGACCUGCCUGGGACCCAGGAAGGCUGGAUUCUCACCAGGUGUGGGGACAGAUCCUGACUGCAAUUGCCUGUCCCCUGCCCCCCCUUCUGCCACCCAGCCCUCCCUCCCUGCUGCCACCCAUGCCGGCAGCGAGGUGGCACCCGCUAGCACCCAGGUCCCUUACAGCCUCCUCCAUGCCACCCUCGCUGACUUAGACACCCCGUCACAGCCCCCCAGUAGCAUGGACAGCGGUUCAGGGACCGAGGAGGUCCUGGGUGCUGGGGUAGGUGACGUGGCGUCGGUGCCGUCCCCCGCGAUGCAGCAGACAGCUCCAGCCGACAGCGCCGAAGCCCUCCUGGAUCCAGCUGGGACCCUUGGCCUGGCAGCGGUGGAUGUCUCCAUCCUGCGUGGGGAUGGAGAGCUGGUGGAGGGGGGCACCGAAACGGUGGCCGACCAUCUGCCGCAGGAUCUGGCCCAGCAGCAGGGAGCCUCCGUCCUCCCGGAUCAUCCCGGUGGGCUCAGGAUCACCACGCUGGCAGCAUCCCCCAGCGCCGGCUCGGUGGGCGAUGGAGCCAGGAUCCGUCCCGCUGAGGCGUCGGAGCCCAUCAUGCAGCUCCGUUUCUCCAGGAUGGCCCCAGAGCCACGGGGCCAAGUGCCGGGUGGCCCCGGGGAUGGGGCGAGGGUGCGAGGCUGGGGGCUGAGCCGGCUGCGGGAGCCCCAGGACGGCGGUGCCGGCCCCAGCUUUGACUCUGGCUUUGUUCCGAGCACAGAGCAGCGCAGGAAGGAGCCAGCCGUCAGGGAGGGCCGCCGGGAGCCCCUCAUAUACAUCACGGUGGCCAGCGUGGUGGCCGUCUUGCUGGCCAUGGGAGGGCUGCUCUUCUACAAGUGUAGGUCCAGGGUCCUGGAACGGCCACUGGAAGAUGGAGACUGCGACCCCGAGGAGCCGGAGAGGAGGGCGCUGCAGGGAGCGAGGGGAUGUCCAGAGCUGGAGACUCAGGACCUCUGAGGCCCGAGGCGGGAUGUGAAGCUGCUCGGGGGAUGGAUCCGGCCACUCCUCGCUGUGUGAAGGAGGGUGGGCACACGCUGGCCCCUCUGCGGUCCCACCAUGAUGCUGACGCUCCCUCACCCCGCGCCGGUGGCCAGAGACUGCAAAAAAAACUCCCUGGCAGGGACAAAAGGAUGGGGGGAUGCACCCCGAGUGGGACCCCCAGGCACCAGGAAGCGAAGGGCUGGAAGGUGUUGGACCGAUACUGAAGGGCUUUGCCGGGGCUGGUGUGGCACAAGGGUGCUGAGCAGGAUGAUGGAGAUGCUGGCGCUGGAUGUGGGAUAAUGGAUCCUGCUCGAAGAUGGCCGGUGCUGGCUGAAGAUGGAGGGGACCAGCUCCCCAGAUCCCUGGCUCUCCUCCCACCCCAGCAUGGUGGGGUUUGGAGCAGCACCCAUGGCCCCCCCCUCUGCCCUGCCUUCAGCUGGAGCAUCCUGGAUGCUGGGGGAUUGGGGGGGGGGGGUGGUCAGCCACCGGGCCUCCCCUGGGCUGCACGACCCCAGCCCCCACUUGCAACUUAAACCCUCACACUGUGAAUAUUUAAAGCCCACCAGUGCCUGUGUCCCCACGCGGGGCCAGGCUUCGGGGUGACGCUUGGCACCGUCCUGGUCCCCAUCCUCCUGCCACCGGAGAUCUGGCUCCGGUCCUGUGCCCGAGCUGGCCUCGGCUUGCUGUCAUGCCGUUAGGGUUUUCUUUUUAAUAUAGUGGAUAAAAGCCUUGAUCCCGCAGGAGGAUUUUCCGGAGGGGCCUGUCCUGCCCCCUUGCAGGGUUAUUGCUGCGAGCUGGCCUCGCUGGCGACUGAAUUCUUUGGUGACUGCGCUUUGGAGAAGGGAAACGGGGCCGGGAAGGACUGGAAUGACGUGGGUGUAAUGGAUGGAGAUGCCCCACUCGGAUACCCGGGGGCUUUUCGGCUCAGCCCUGCUCCGUGGCCUUAGGAAGAGCCUGGUCUGGGAUGCACCAGCCCCAGAGAUACCCCAGGCUUGGGCUGCAUCCUGCCCCACCGCAGCACCCCUCUGGCCCCGAAUGUGAAGCGUGGCCUGCGCUGCUCUUGGGUUUUGAAGUAUUAUUUUUAUAUGAUGGAAGAAAAUAUGGACAAACCAAACUGUUUUUAAAGAAAGCAUUACUAUUAAUUUUUUUUAUAUAUAUAUGUGUGUGUGUAUUUAUGACUGCUAGAAGGAGGGGGUUCCAGUGCAAGGGAUUGGUGUAAAUCAGGAGGAAAGCCCUGACUGCAGCAGGGAGGCUGGGGCCAAACUUGCUGCUGGUGUAAGCAGCUGGCUCAGCACCAAUUUGCACCGUGAAGGAGAUGCUGACACCGUGCUGGCCCUGCUCCUGGGGGAGAAAACUUGCCUUUAAGCUGUGUUGGAUUUAUUUUGCCUCCAUUUUUUUGUGUGUUUUUUUUUUUUUUUUUUUUUUUACGAUGAAAUGUUGAAAUAUUUUAUACAAAGUCAUUUAAAGAAGUCUAUUUAAAGAAAAUAAUAGAAAACAACUUGUAUAUUUAAUAUUAUUAAUAAACAGAGAUGUGUA